UGAUGAUCGAAUGGAGCAGCUAACCAUGGAAAAGGCAAGAACAGCUUUACUUGUAGCCAUAUUUGAAGCUUUGUAUGCCUACCUAGAUAGAGCUUUUUUUCUAGCUUUUCUUUAUUUCCCCUCAAUUCAUUCAACUUACUCAAUUCCAUCAUAAUCACGAUCUUCAACCAACAAUAUUCACAUUCAAUCCUUUUCACCAACUAUCCAUAUCCAAUCUAACACCAUCUACGUCUCGAUUCGAAUAAUCAGAAAAAGUAUUAAGACAAUCGUCAUCUAAACCUACAAUUUACCAUUCCAUUUCUUCAUUCGAAUUCAAUACAAAUCGCCCAUCAUGACUAAGGGAGAAGCUACUCAAGUCAAGGUCCACUACAAGGGCAAGGACGAGGACUUCAUCAUCUUCGUCGACGACAUUGAGACCUACAAGAAGUGGAAGAACGACAAGUCCGUUCCCAUGGCCCACUUCAUCUCCGCCUUCAAGAUCUUUGUCACACACAAGCAAGGAGCACAAGGCCAGAUGGAUGGCGCGUCCAAGUCAACACUCGAGAACGAGUUCGGUGUUUCCAACGAAGAUGAAGUCAUUAAGAAGAUACUAGAGAGCGGUAGCAUCCAGGAAUCCGAGUUCCCUGAGCGCCAAGGACCCAAGAACGAUGCCCAGCAAGGCUCCAUUGUCGCUGGACAAGUUGCAAGAUAGAGUUAUGCGCUCCUUCACAGGCAGCGCCAGAGAAAAGCUGUUGCGCUGUCCUUCACAAGACCAACUUGCUGCAAAUCGAUGAAGCCGCAGUUAGGUCUGUUGGGGCGUCAUGAUCGAUUGGCCCUACAACUCAUCAACCAGAUGAAUUUUGCAAGCGAUGAUUACAACCCUGUUAGGUAGCUACCAGCUGUGCCAACGAGGAAAGAUUUCGCGAUGGAUUUGCAAAAUAGUCGUUGCUAGCGACAAAUGAAUCCCAAUUGAUUCAAAUCAA